CUCUUCCCUUCUCCUCCUAUAGGAACCUGCCGGACCAAGAAGACAUGGCCCAAGUCCUUCUCUCAGGAGGAGCUGAAGAAACGUCUCUCCCCCAUUCAGUUCCAUGUCACCCAGGAGAAAGGGACUGAAAGUGCCUUCAGAGGGGAAUACACUGAAUACAAAGAGGAUGGGAUCUACACAUGUGUUGUCUGCGGCUCCCCGUUGUUCAAGUCCGAGACAAAGUUUGACUCUGGAUCAGGUUGGCCUUCCUUCUAUGACCUGGUGACGGAGGAGUCAGUCACUGUAACAGAUGAUUUCGCCUACGGGAUGCACAGAGUUGAGACCAGCUGUAGUCAGUGUGGUUCUCACCUCGGACACCUGUUUGAUGACGGCCCCAGACCCACAGGGAAACGAUACUGCAUCAACUCUGCCUCUCUGGGCUUCCAGUCAGCCUCCGCCUCUAGCCCACCCAGCAACGGAGAUGGGGCAGGAGCUGGGGCAGGAGCUGGAGCUGGGGCUGGAGCUGGGGCAGGAGCUGGGGCUGGAGCUGGAGCUGGAGCUGGAGCUGGAGCUGGAGCUGGGGCUGGAGCUGGAGCUGGGGCUGGAGCUGGGGCUGGAGCUGGAGCUGGGGCUGGAGCUGGGGCUGGGCCAGGUGGUGCUGUCGGGGGUAAGACUGAGCUCUGAGUAAAAGGUCUCCUUGGUCUUGGACAGGAUUCAGGAAUACAGGAAGUACAGGCACGGUCACUCACUCCUUAUCCUAACUGGUAGCCUAGGUCCUGGUCGAAAUGUUACGAACAGAACAGAGAACAGCUGGAGAAUAUAGGUUACACAGAACCCGAAAACAGUCAGCCAACGAGGUUACACAGAAUUCGAAAACAGUCAGCCAACUAGGUUACACAGAUCUGAAAACAGUCAGCCAACUCGGUUACACAGAACCCGAAAACAGUCAGCCAACUCGGUUACACAGAACCCGAAAACAGUCAGACAACUAGGUUACACAGAACCCGAAAAACAGUCAGCCAACGAGGUUACACAGAACCCGAAAACAGUCAGACAACUCGGUUACACAGAACCCGAAAACAGUCAGACAACUCGGUUACACAGAACCCGAAAACAGUCAUCCAACUAGGUUACACGGAACCCGAAAACAGUCAGCCAACUAGGUUACACGGAACCCGAAAACAGUCAUCCAACUAGGUUCCACAGAACCCGAAAACAGUCAUCCAACUAGGUUACACAGAACCCGAAAACAGUCAGCCAACUAGGUUACACAGAUCUGAAAACAGUCAGACAACUCGGUUACACAGAACCCGAAAACAGUCAGCCAACUACAGUCAGCUCAAUAAGGGGCCAUCAGCACCCCUUAGAAACAUGUGGAACAUGAUGCCUCUUCUGUGCUCAUGUGGGUUACACACACCCAAACACAGUCGGUCAAACACAGUCGGUCAAACACAGUCGGUCAAACAGUCGGUCAAACAGUCGGUCAAACACAGUCGGUCAAACAGUCGGUCAAACACAGUCGGUCAAACACAGUCGGUCAAACACAGUCGGUCAAACACAGUCGGUUAAACACAGUCGGUUAAACACAGUCGGUCAAACACAGUCGGUCAAACAGUCGGUCAAAUGACCCCAGUGGCCAUGCACCAAGCUGGCCCACCUCUGGCUCCCAGCCUUAAUAAAGUCCCAGACCUCUACUGUACUCUACAACCGUCUGAGGAGACACAUGUUGGGAUGCAGAUUCACGUUGCUCACAUUGCUUUUGACCGUUUACAAGUUUAGAUCAUAUUUUAAAGUGUAUAUAUAUAUCAACUGUUAUAUAUUUUUCUUUCUAGUAUAUUUAGAACUUUAUGCUUUUUUUUGGGGGGGGGGGAGUGAAUGAAUUAUAUAUUAUUAUGAUUGUGUGGACAUGACUUUGAAGAAAAAUGUGUGUUGUUUAAAAAUAAAUAAAAAGUGAUAUUUGAUACAGAGGGGUUGAUAGUUUAAGGACGACGCUCCUAUGAGCUGUAAAAUAAACACUAAGAGGAUAAAUAAGCAUUCUGUCCAAUUAUGGAGACACACACACACACACACCUACACACACACUACACACACACUACACACACACUACACACACACUACACACACACACACACACACACACACACACCAAUAAGACACACACACUACACACACACCUACACACACACCUACACACACUACACACACACUACACACACACUACACACACACCUACACACACACCUACACACACUACACACACACUACACACACACCUACACACACACCUACACACACACACACACACUACACACUACACACACACACAUACACACCAAUAAGACAGACAUACACGCACACACACUACACGCACACACACUACACACACCAAUAAGACACACACACACACACACACACACACAUACACACACACCAAUAAGACACACACACACACACACACACAUACACACACACUAGACUCCAAUAAGACACACACACUACACACACCAAUAAGACAGAGCAGAUUGUGUUCAGUGUGAGUACAACACUAGCCUGUGUUUUUAUAGGUUUCUCUUCCUGCUGUCCUUCCACUCCCUGCUGUUGGUUCUUCUAUUCUCGUCUCCAGUUGAAUAUGUUUGUUUUUCUUGCGUUUUUUGAAUCCCAGACUUGUAUUGACAGAAAGUUAUAUUAAAAUAAACCUUGACACAGUAA